CUUGGGCGGAACGCCGUGGCACGCGGACGGGUUCUCCGCGGGACGGAAAAGGAGUGCGCACUGACCAAAGCGCUUCUCCCGCGACAUGGCCUUCAAUUUUGGCCCUCCCUCAGGUACCUCAGGCGCCACUGCAGCCACUGCAGCACCUGCGGGAUUUGGUGGGCUUGAGACUGCCAACUCCACCGCCAGUGGGUUUAAUUUUGGGGGUUUCGGAUUAACUGCUAAUCCUGCAGUGAACUUUAAUAUUGGGAAUUUCGGUGUUUCUACUACCUCGGCGACUCCGUUCAAUUUUGGUAACAGUCUGGCAAGUGCAGGUGGGUUUGGAGGAUUUGGGACAACAUCUACAACUGCAAGUUCUGCAUUCAGCUUUUCUGCCCCGACUAACACAGGCGCUACUGGACUGUUUGCUAGUACUCAGAACAAAGGUUUUGGAUUUGGUACCAGUUUUGGCACAACGGGAACUAGUACUGGUUUAGGUACUGGUUUGGGAACUGGACUGGGAUUUGGAGGAUUUAAUACACAGCAGCAGCAACAGCAACAAUCUACAUUAGGUGGUCUCUUCGGUCAGCCUACACAAGCUCCUACCCAGUCCAACCAGCUGAUAAAUACUGCAAGUGCUCUUUCUGCUCCAACACUAUUGGGAGAUGAGAGAGAUGCUAUUUUAGCAAAAUGGAAUCAACUGCAGGCUUUUUGGGGAACAGGAAAAGGGUAUUUCAACAAUAAUAUUCCACCAGUGGAAUUCACACAAGAAAAUCCUUUUUGCCGGUUUAAGGCUGUAGGUUAUAGUUGUAUGCCCAAUAAUAAAGAUGAAGAUGGGCUAGUGGUUUUAGUUUUCAACAAAAAAGAAACAGAUAUUCGAAGCCAGCAACAGCAGUUGGUAGAAUCGUUGCAUAAAAUUUUGGGAGGAAAUCAGACCCUUGCUGUAAAUGUAGAGGGUAUUAAAACAUUGCCAGAUGAUCAGACAGAAGUUGUUAUUUACGUUGUUGAGCGUUCUCCAAAUGGUACCUCAAGAAGAGUUCCAGCUACAACACUGUAUGCCCAUUUUGAACAAGCCAAUAUAAAAACGCAACUACAGCAACUUGGUGUGACCCUUUCAAUGAUUAGAACAGAACUUUCUCCUGCACAGAUCAAGCAGCUUUUACAGAAUCCUCCUGCUGGUGUUGAUCCUAUUAUUUGGGAACAAGCCAAGGUGGAUAACCCUGAUUCUGAAAAGUUAAUUCCUGUACCUAUGGUGGGCUUUAAAGAACUUCUCCGAAGACUGAAAGUUCAAGAUCAGAUGACUAAGCAGCAUCAGACCAGAUUAGAUAUCAUAUCUGAAGAUAUUAGUGAGCUACAAAAGAAUCAAACUACAAGUGUGGCCAAAAUUGCACAGUACAAGAGGAAACUCAUGGAUCUUUCCCAUAGAACCUUACAGGUCCUAAUCAAACAGGAAAUUCAAAGGAAGAGUGGUUAUGCCAUCCAAGCUGAUGAAGAGCAAUUGCGAGUUCAGCUGGAUACAAUUCAGUCUGAAUUAAAUGCACCUACUCAGUUCAAGGGCCGACUAAAUGAACUGAUGUCCCAAAUCAGGAUGCAGAACCAUUUUGGAGCAGUCAGAUCUGAAGAAAGAUAUUAUGUAGAUGCAGAUCUGUUACGUGAAAUCAAACAGCAUUUGAAACAACAACAGGAAGGCCUUAGCCACUUGAUUAACAUUAUAAAAGAUGAUCUAGAAGAUAUAAAGUUGGUAGAACAUGGAUUGAAUGAAACUAUCCAUAUCAGAGGUGGUGUCUUUAGUUGACAAGUCACAAACUUGUUUUAGGAGUUUGUAAAACGUAUCUUCUUAUUGCAUCAUGCCUUUCCUAAGAAUGGAAUGAGCACAUGGAAAAAAAAGAAAGAAAAUGAUCCUCCCCUGGCUUGGAUUUUUGAGAUUACUAACAAAUUACUCUUCAUUAAAU